UUCGUGCUUAUUCAUCCUCGAGAAGUGAGUGACCAAGUCUGAAGCGAUGCAGCACUGUACUGUAUUACCCACCAGCAUGUCUGUUAGAGGCUUACACCAAGCAUCGAAUACGCACAGUCCGAUCUGUUGCUAUCUACUGGCUUCUUUCCUUGCUUGUUUGUCCUUGUUUCGUGCUUGUUUGGCCUUUGAGAUGGUCGAGUAUGGCUCUCAUUGUUUCUAUUUCAUGAUUCAUUUAUACCCUCGUUUUAACCUCACUUGAUAGCCAUGCCCGCCAUUGAUGACAAAAGGAGUUCUUCCUUUGCAGAUUCCAUUGAUCGCGCAGGUUGGGAGGAUAACAACCAAGAGAAUAAUGAAAGUGGCAUAUCACGCCAAUCCCAAGUGGUGGUCACCAUUAAACGCCAAGUCCCGAUUCCCGAUCCUCGCAAAGUGGAACAAUGCCGUCGCUUGCCGGAAUAUGGACCCCGCAUUUUGUGUUUUAGUGGCGGCAGUGCCCUCAAAGAUGUCAGUUCCUGCUUGAAGCAAUACACACAUCAUUCCAUUCACUUGAUUACACCGUUUGAUUCCGGUGGCAGUUCGGCCGAAAUUCGCAAACACUUUCAUAUGCUCAGUGUGGGAGAUUUGCGCAAUCGGUUAAUGGCACUCUCGGAUGAUUUGUCGCAAGACAAUGUGCAUGUCAAACAGUUGUUUUCCCAUCGACUCGACAAACACGACGAACUAUUGGCACAAACCGAAUUUUCCGAAUUGGUUCAAGGUCACCACGAAUUGUGUCGCGCCGUGUCAUUGCCACUCCGUCGCAUCUUGACGAGUCAUUUGCGAUGGUUUCACAAUCGCAUGCCGGCCGAGUUUGAUUUGCGAGGUGCAUCCAUUGGCAAUCUCAUUAUUACCGGAUGUUAUCUGGAACAUCAUGCGGAUGUCGUCACGGCCAUUUACCUUAUUUGGACGCUGUUGGGCGUCAAGGGUGUCGUACGACCCAUUACCGGAGCCAAUUUGCAGUUGCGAGCGCGGUAUCAGGACGGCACCACACACGUGGGGCAACACUUGUUGGGAAAAGAAUUGCCCGUGGGGAAGCAUGGAAGAAUUGAACACAUUGAUUUGGUCGACUCAUUACUACAGGAUGAUGCCACGACACGACAAGAUUCCAAAACCUGUCACAUUGAUAGCAUUUCGGCGGAACUCUUGGCAUCGGCCGAUGUCCUUUGCUAUCCCAUGGGAUCCUUUUUUGGAUCCGUCUUGGUGAAUCUCUUGCCGCGAGGAGUCGGUCGCGCCAUUGUCUCACGACAGUGUCCCAAAAUCUACAUUCCCAACACCGGGAUCGAUCCCGAAAUGGUCGGGCUCACGUUGGCAGAUUGCCUCCAACGCAUUAUUGACAUGGUGCGAGUGGAUACGAAGGAGACGGAUGCAAACGUGGACCGAAUCAUCAACUUUGUACUGGUGGAUACCACGCAUUGUCACUACUGUAUCGACAUGGACAAGGACAGAAUACGAGACACGUGGGGGGACAGUGUGGUCAUACUCGAUCUGUGUCUCGUGGAUGACGCCACCCGAGACGCUUUGCGCAGUGGCAGCAUACAGGAAAAAUGCCACGAGUUGAACGCGCAAAAGUUGGUGGAAGUCCUCCUCACCCUGGGCUCCUAG